AUGUCCAAUAAUUCUCCCAGUCAAGAAAGUACAGAAAGUGAUUCAGAAAAUUCUAUCGAACUAAAUGUUAAUUUGGAUGCUUUACAAAAGUCCGCAUUUAACAUAUUUUACAUACAAUAUACCUCUAUACAAGAAUUUAGCGAAGGUGUCGCAGGGCAUCUGCAUAAAUUAAAAAAGUAUGAGGAUGCUUGGAAUAUUUAUUCAGAAUUAGCCAAGCAGAUUAGAUGCAUUAAAACAA